CGGGCGAGGAGGGCGGCUCGCGCUGCCGGCACGUCGCUGACACUCGCGCGAGUUCUGUCGUGGGGUCUCAGCCGGCAGCUAAGGCGUGGGGGCUGCGAGGUUCUGUCGCGGCCGUCACUGGGAGAGGCUCACGCGUGGGAUCCCAGCGCCCUGUCAAGCAGGUGGCAUGAAACGUCCUGUUCGUAAGCAUAUACAUAAGGAAUGCUCUUGGCACACCUUGAUAAGUUACUUUGGCCUAAACAUCGAUUACCUCUUGUAAAAACCUAAAUGGCAGCUCAGAAAAGGAAGUCUAUGUUAGUAGAGCCUUCUGCCAAACGUCCAAAGCUGGACAAGAACAGCAAACUGUCAUCAGCGAAGAAGGAAAAAGAGGUGUCAGAUACAAAACAUGUCUCAAAUAAAUCAAAGCCAAAUCGGUGCGCAGUGCAGGAGAAAACUGUACUCAAAACCUCUGUCAAAUCAAACAGUGACAACACCAAUGAACCUGAACUAGGAACGCGCAUGACUACAAGAUCAUCAGGAUUCAACUCGGAUAAUAAACCAAUACCUGACAAAAAGGUCCAACAGCAGCCUAAAUCUACAAAAAAUAAGGAGGUAUGCCAGAAGAAAUCCAUGCAAGAAGUCCCUAAGUCAAAAUGCAUAAUUGUGCCACAUGAGCCAGCAGUAAUGAGGAGAUCACAGAGACUGCAACAGUUAACACAUUUACAUGUACCAGCAAGAUCCCUGCGCAACAGAGAAGUUAAAGAAGAAAAAGCAUUGGAAGUUAAACAAAGUAGCCAGGCAAAGAGACCCACUCACAGUGUUGCAGCAGCAGUACUUAAAUCUGCUGGAGAGGGAAUGGAACAGAAAAACACAAAAAUAAAACCAAACAAUACAAAUGAGGAUAAAGAAAUACAUGUAGAAGUGACCAGCUCUCUGAAAGAGAAAAAAUGUAAAGUAGACAAUAAAAAUGGUAAUUCCAACAGCCUUCAACACAACCUUCAAGGGUCAUCAUUGUGUCCUGAUGAGAGUCUUGAGGAAGUUAAGAAAGACCAAACAGGCCCUGUAUCUCCUAUUCCUAGCAACAAGAAGAAAGUGGAAACAGAUUCUCUUAAGCCAAAUUCUAAGACGGAAAAGCAACAAAUGCAUCAGAAUGUAAAAAACAGUACAAAAACAAAAAAGAUUUCACAGCCAUCUGUAAGUGAAACAAAUGUGGCUGAUCAACCAGAGAAUGAUGCAAAAUCCAAAAGAGUAAGCAUCCUUGAACUUUGUGAAGAAAUCGCAGGUGAGAUUGAGUCAGAUACAGUAGAGGUGAAAAAAGAUUCCCCUAAUGCUGAGUAUAGAAAAACAGAAGAAAAGCAUGCUGAAAUACCACUUCAACAAAGUGAAAUGCUUACUCAGAAAGAACCUAGUCAAAGUACUCAAUGCAAACGUUUUUUCCCUAGCAAAAAAGGAAUGCCUGUCAAAUGCACUCUGAAUGGUAGAAAUAACUCCUCAAACAAAAACUCUAAAUGGACCAAAAUUAAAUUACUGAAAGCUAGUAACAUGAAACAAAGUAACUUAAAUUCUGCAAAUGCCCUCAAGCUUUCUUUGUUAAAAGAUUACCCUGAAGUUUCAGAGGCAAGUCAAAUAGCUGCAGAAGCAGAGCUUUUAAAGGCACAAGGCAAGCUGUCAAUAACAGGACUCUCUGAGAAUGAAAGUGCAACUUGUGUGCAGGAGAAAUCAGAUCCUUUGUCUGAAAGAGCUGGAGCUAAAGAAAUAAAACAGCCCACAAAGAGAGGUGCAGAAAAUGGUUUGUUGAGUAAUUUGACAAAACAUUUAUGUGAGCCAAGACCAGAUGAGAACUUUCAAUUACAUUUGGAAUCAAGUCUGGAAAGUUCUCCAGUAAAGUAUGUUACAGCUUCUAAACCACCAAAACAAUUAAAAAAAGAACCUGGAGAAAGUGAACCUCAAGGUUUGGCUCCCAAGCAGUUGACACAUACUUCAUUUACGAAUCAAACUUCUGAAACUGAGAACAGGGUUCCAUUGUCAAAUCCUUCAUUAGCAUCAAAAUGCAGUAACUUCCUACCAUCUGAGGAACAUAUUCAGAAGCUAAAAGAAGCAGGAAAAGAUGGUGAUAAGCAGCUGAUCAUAGAUGCAGGACAGAAGAGAUUUGGUGCUAUUUCCUGUAAUAUUUGUGGAAUGCUUUACACUGCGUCAAAUCCAGAGGAUGAAACCCAACAUCUGCUAUUUCAUAACCAGUUCAUAAGUGCUGUAAAAUAUGUGGGUUGGAAAAAGGAGAGAAUUUUGGCUGAAUAUCCUGAUGGAAAGAUAAUAAUGGUUCUUCCUGAUGACCCAAAGUAUGCACUUAAAAAGGUUGAAGAAAUUAGAGAAAUGGUAGACAAUGACUUGGGAUUUCAGCAAGCUCCGCUCAUGUGUUACUCUAGAACUAAAACUCUUCUUUUUAUUUCUAAUGACAAAAAAGUUAUCGGCUGUUUAAUUGCUGAACAUAUCCAGUGGGGCUACAGAGUUAUAGAAGAGAAGGUUCCGGAAGUCAGUUCAGAAAACGAGAAAGUCAUAUUUGAAAGACAGAAAGCAUGGUGCUGUUCAACUUCUCCAGAACCUGCUAUUUGUGGCAUUAGUCGAAUAUGGGUAUUCAGCAUGAUGCGUCGAAAGAAGAUUGCUUCUCGGAUGAUAGAGUGUCUUAGGAGUAACUUCAUAUAUGGCUCAUACUUAAGUAAAGAAGAAAUUGCUUUCUCUGACCCCACUCCUGAUGGAAAACUCUUUGCAACACAGUACUGUGGCACCGGCCAGUUCCUGGUAUACAACUUCCUCAACGGACAGCACCAGACUUAACUGCUCCCGAAGGAAUUCUGUUUUUAUGGGGAGACUUCUGCCAAAAUGCACCAAGUGGGUGCAGACAUUCAGCAGAAGCCAGGGCCAUUUUUAUUACAGUGAACUCAGGACUGGUAACAACCGAAAGGUUGUGCUAUUUUAUUAAAAUUGUAAACAAUGCAGUAAUAGGCUAACUUUGUUUUUUUAAAAGAAAGAUAUUUUAUUAACUUUUACAAAAGUUUGAUUGUAUUUUAUCUAGUUAGUCAUGUUUACAUGCAGCAGAAACUUGUUCAUAUAGUGGACUGUAAGCUGAUGCAAAGACUCUAGUCUCGCUGACGAGUACAUCCUGAAGUUCUUAACAUGGUGAUAUACCAGUGCUUCUCGGUACUGUAACGCUGAUCUCCUACUGCCAAUCCCAGCAGCUGGGCGAGGCCGCUAACAGCUGCUUGCUUGACAGAGUUCAAUGCUGUGCUCAAUUGCAUCGAGGCAAGAAGCGUUAACAGUGCAGUUGUUGUGGGCAACCACCCUCACAGACUGUACGGUGGUAUCUGGGGCACUUUCUGGGCGCUACGAGGUGUAAGGGAGCCUACUCGGUGUCGGCAGCGUCAGAAACUUGUUCUACCCCGUCCCCUGCUCCCCCAGAUUAGUUGCAGAGUAAAAGGUGGAAUGCAGACCCUGAGGACCGGUGUGCUCGCUCAUCAUUUUUCUUCAAGUACUGUACUGAGUAUAUACCUUUGUUAGUGGACUUCACUUUGAUACUUGUCGCUCCUUCAUAAAUCUCUCCUCUUCUUUUAAAGGGUUUGUAUGUUGAAAAACUGCUGUGGCCUUUCUUGAUCUGUACAUAAUGUAGAUAGAUUAAAAAUAAAAUACUUGAUAGCUUUUUUAAAGUUA